AUCAGAUCUAAUUUAGAAGGAAAAACUGUUUAGUGUAUCAGAUUUAAUAAAAUGGUUACUGGUCAAAUCGACAAAACUAUCAAAAGAGUUAAAAGAAAAGUGAAUAAUUUAAAAAGAAAGCCGUAUGGUCCAAAUUCAGUCUCUACAAAUUUGAAACCGAGAGCUAUCUUAAAAGAUGGCGAUUACAACAUCAUCCAACCUAAAUUCCGUUGGAGAUAUCUGCACUAUGUGAGAGAUACUUUCACCAGCUUAGUGGACGCUGAAUGGAAAUGGACGAUACAAGUAAUGGUUCUCGGAUUUACUGGAUGCUGGAUCAGUUUUGCAUUGCUUUGGUGGUUGAUAGCGUUCGUGCAUAAGGAUCUCCACGAUGAACACUUGCCACCAAUGCAAUCAGAUAAUGGUUGGACACCUUGUGUUUUGAACAUUUAUGGUUUUCAUUCCUGUUUCCUAUACUCUUUAGAAACGCAGUCCACAAUUGGGUACGGCUCAAGAGCUAUAACAGAAGAGUGUCCCGAAGCUAUAUUUCUAAUGUGUGCUCAAUGUAUUAUUGGCACCUUCAUAGAUUCUUUCACAGUUGGAGUACUCUUUGCUAAACUUACAAGACCUAGACUUACUGCUUACACUGUACAAUUUUCAAAAAAUGCAGUUGUAUGUUUGCGAGAUGAGGAGUAUUGUAUGAUGCUGAGGAUAGGAGAUUUAAGAAAAAGUCAUCUUAUAAGUUCAAGUGUAAAAGCCUUUUUGAUCCAUACAAAAGUUACCAAAGAAGGAGAAAACCUUAACGACUUUGAAACAGAGCUGGAAGUACAAUGUGAUGAUAGUGGUAGUGAUCCAUUAUUGCUAUGGCCUAUUACAGUCAUCCAUAAAAUAUCAGAGAACUCACCUUUCUAUAACUUUUCUGCCAGUGAAAUGCUUAAUGAAAAGUUCGAAAUAAUUGUCAUUUUGGACGGUACGAUCGAAAGUACCGGACAAAACACACAUGCAAAGUCUAGCUACUUAGAAAACGAAGUGCUAUGGGGACAUACGUUUGAAAAUAUGUUGUAUUACAAUGAUGAAAUGGAAAGUUAUGAAAUUAACUAUAAGUAUUUUGAUAAACUGAAGACUUUUCCGAUGCCUAUAUGUUCUGCAGCUGAGUUUGACAAAAUUCAAAAUGAAACUUCUAAACAAUCUGAUCUUAUUCUCUUAAAACAACCAGGAAAGAUUGAAAGAACAAAAAAGCAUUUAAGAAUUUUAGAAGAUAACAUAAAUAACUCAAUGAGAUCAAUUUCCUUUGGUAAUAUACAGGAAUACCAAGAAAACAGUCAUGAAAUUAUCUCUGAACCUACUCAUCAGAAGAGAUCAUCUACUCCACCAUUCCCAGUCGAUUGGGUUUAAAUAUGGUUAUAUGUAUUUAUUAAUCGUCUUUGUUGUAAAAUUAAUAAAUGUAAUGCAUGAAAA